AUGGCAUUGUUAGCUAAUCUCUUCCUAUCACUUCUCUUGCUCGCCACCUUCUCUCCCACAACGAUACUCUGCUUUGUGAAUCCAGCUCCUCCAAGGGUAGAUGAGGGUGCUGCGAUAAACUCUGCUUAUCGUACUUAUAUUGUGCUCGUGAAGCCACCGCCCUCUAAUGUCGGCAAAGAUGGGUACCGCCGAUGGUACGAGUCUUUCUUGCCGGGCUCGCAUCUUGGCGACUCGGGUGAGCCACGUCUUAUCCACUCCUACACCGAGGUGCUCAGCGGCUUCGCCGCGAGGCUUGCUGAUGGAGAGCUUGAUGUUGUUGCCAAGAAGCCAGGAUUCAUCCGCGCAUUUCCGGACCGGAAGCUACAACUUAUGACCACACACACACCAGAGUUUCUCGGUCUUCGGAAUGGCACCGGUUUUUGGCAGGAUGUUGGCUACGGGAAGGGAGUCAUUGUGGGGUUGCUUGACACCGGCAUCCAUGCACCACACCCUUCCUUCGACGAUCACGGCAUCCCACCGCCGCCAUCGAAGUGGAAGGGCUCGUGCAAGGCGGCACGAUGCAACAACAAGCUCAUCGGUGCCAAGUCGCUAGUUGGAGACGACGAAUCGGGUGAUGACGACGGCCACGGGACGCACACCUCAUCCACAGCAGCCGGGAAUUUCGUCACUGGUGCAUCGUACCACGGCUUGGGAGCAGGCAUCGCGGCUGGAAUUGCUGCGGGCGCCCAUAUCGCCAUGUACAAGGUGUGCACUUCUAGUGGUUGUACCGAGUCCGCUAUACUGGCCGGGCUCGAUGCGGCCAUCAAGGAUGGGGUGGAUGUGCUCUCAAUCUCACUCGGCGCACGCAUGCCAGUAAGCUUUGAUAGGGACCCCAUCGCCAUCGGCACAUUCCAUGCAGUAUCCAAAGGCAUCAUCGUGGUCUGCGCGGGGGGCAACGAUGGCCCCGAUCAGGGUUCGGUAACCAAUGACGCGCCAUGGUUGCUCACAGUGGCUGCCGGAUCGGUGGACCGAAGCUUCCGCGCUAGCGUUCAUCUCGGCAAUGGCAAGCUGAUCGAUGGAGAAGCGCUUACACAAGUGCCAGAGCCGAGCUCAAAUCUCCACCCUCUCCACUAUGAAGUCGAACGGCAAGCCUGCGACUAUUACUAUGAUGAUAACAGCCACGUCUCCGGGAAGAUCGUGGUCUGUAGAAAAAUGGACCCGAAAUUUCAGGUGCAAAGUAUCCAUCAUACAAUGGACGCUGGAGCAGUCGGCGUAGUGCUCUUUGACGAUGAAAGUUUGGGCUACACCACUACUCUUGACGAUUACAACUCUAGCGUCGUGCAAGUGACCGCGGCUGACAGCAAAGUUCUCAAGACAUGGGCAAGCACCUCCACGGGAGCCAAAUUCACAUACAACAAUACAUUGCUUGGUGUCCAUCCGGCCCCUGUAGUGGCAUGGUUUUCUUCCCGAGGUAAUAGCCCUAACACCGCUGGGGUGCUCAAGCCGGACAUACUGGCACCUGGGCUCAACAUCCUGGCUGCGUGGCCACCAAAAACAAACUAUGCACAUGGGCCUUUCAACAUCCUAUCUGGCACAUCCAUGGCCACACCACAUGUUAGUGGCGUCGUAGCGCUUGUGAAGAGCUUGCAUCCAGACUGGUCGCCAGCCGCCAUCAGGUCAGCCAUCCUGACGACAGCAAAUGCGGUGAAUAGUACCGGUGGCUCUAUCCUCAAUGAGAUGCAUGAGAAAGCAAGCUUCUUUGACAUGGGCUCCGGGCAUGUCAACCCCGCGAAAGCCGCUGACCCUGGCCUUGUGUAUGACCUCGACUUCAACGACUACACCAGCUACAUAUGUUCGAUACUCGGCGACUAUGGCUUGCUAAUCAUUGUGCAUAACUCGAGCCUAACAUGUGAAAAGCUGCCCAAGGUCAAGGGCAUCCAACUCAAUUACCCGACAAUAAUGGUGCCACUGACACAAACACCGACAUCGAGCAUGGUGCACCGAACGGUGACGAACGUUGGCCCAGCAAAAUCAACGUACAUGGCGAAGGUGGAAGCACCCAAGUCACUGAAUGUAAAGGUCACCCCGGACAAGCUAGUGUUCUCCAAGGCUGGAGAGAAGAAGACGUUCAGUGUAUCGGUGAGCGGAAGACUUGAUAAAGGAGAGCACCUGGAGGGAAGCUUGAGCUGGGUGUCAGGGAAGCAUGUUGUGCGGAGUCCCAUCGUCGCUUCGACACAUCUAAAACAUUAA